AUGUCGUGGGCAAGAACGCUCUCCGGUCCUCGAUACGAGAUCCCGCUGUCCUCCGUCAAGGGCCUGAUUCUGUCUCAGUCCCACGGGGAGUCGUGCAAGUUCCUCUUCACUGUCACGGUCGUCAGCGGUUGCCUUGCCGGCAUCGCUGACGGGGCCUCGUCGUGGUAA